ACGGACCACAACAGUGCUUUGUCUCUCAUCCUCGCUCACUUCCAUUGGCCAAGGGAUCAGGAGUUCGUGACCAUGCCACCCUCUGUCUCCCGGGCACUCCUCCUGCUGGCCGGCCUGUGCUGCCUGCUGUCUGGCUGCCUGGCUGAUGAGACCCAAGAGACAACUCCCUCCAGCCAUGACCAAGAGCAGCCAGCCUGCCACAAGAUCGCCCCCAACCUGGCUGAUUUUGCCUUCAGCUUGUACAGUGAGGUGGCUCAGCAGUCCAACACCACCAACAUCCUCUUCUCCCCGGUGAGCAUCUCCCUGGCCUUGGCCAUGCUGUCCUUGGGGGCCAAGGGUGACACCCACACCGAGAUCCUGGAGGGCCUCAAGUUCAACCUCACAGAGACAGCCGAGGCGGACAUCCACGAGGGCUUCCAGCACCUCCUCCACAAAGCCAACAACCUGGACAGCCAGCUGCAGCUGCUCAUUGGUAACACCCUUGUGAUGGACGAGAGUCUGAAGCUGCUAGAGAAGUUUCUGGAAGAUGCCAAGAAUCUGUACCACUCAGAAGCCCUCCUCAUCAACUUCAAAGACACUGAGGGUGCCAAGACGAAGGUCAACAGCUACGUGGAGAAGAAGACCCAGGGUAAAAUUGUGGAUAUGGUGAAAGAUCUGGACCCAGAAACGCUGCUCUCUCUGUUGAAUUACGUGUACUUUCAAGGGACGUGGGAGAAGACUUUUGACCCAGAGCUCACCACGGAGGAGGACUUCCACAUAAAUGCGACGACCACGGUGAGGGUGCCCAUGAUGACACGCUUGGGCACAUUUGGUGUGUUUCGCUGCAGCACUCUGGCCAGUCAGGUGCUGCUCAUGCCCUACCAGGGAAACGUCACUGCCCUCUUCUUCCUGCCUGACGACGGGAAGCUGCAACACCUGGAGAAAACGCUCAACAAAGAGCUCAUUGCCAAGUUCUUGGUGAAAGAGGACCGGAGCCCUAUCAAUCUCCAUUUACCCAAACUCUCCAUUUCUGGAAACUAUGAACUGAAACCCUUGUUGAGCAAAUUGGGCAUCACCCGUGUCUUCAGCAACGGGGCUGACUUCUCAGGGAUCACGGAGCAGGUACCUCUGAAGCUGUCCCAGGGGAAACACAAGGCGGUGCUGACCAUGGAUGAGAAAGGAACAGAGGCUGUCGGGGUCACAGUUCUGGACGUAAUACCGGCGAGGAUACCUGAAAGUGUCCUUUUUGACAGGCCCUUUCUGUUCAUCAUCUACAGCCACGACAUCAAGAGUCCUCUGUUUGUGGGGAAAGUGGUGGACCCCACCCAGCACUGACAGCCACCUGCUCAGCCUUGUCCCCCCCUACCUUGAGCACAUUAAAGUCCGACCUGCCCUGCAUGCACCCC